UCCGGAGUUUGGUGGCAGUUUGUGGGGAGGAAUGUCGGGACAUGCCCAUUGAGCAGCCGUCAAAACCAACGGGACUGACAGCAGUGUGUUUCAUCUCAGACUUGUUGGAGGGGCCCUACAGGGAGGACUCCAAGAUUGUUACCAUGUUUAAGGCAGUGCUAAAGAAGAACAGAGAUGGAGGAAAGGGGAGUAAGAAAGAUUCAGGUGAUGCACACAGCCACAAUGCCCAAAGAAGAUUCCAACCUGAUGGAAACCCUCAACACCAAGGGCCCGGCGGCGGUCACUCUCACGUCCCAGAUGAUGUUUUCAGGUUAAGCCUUACCAAGGGAGUGUCCAUGUCUCUUCCAUCCUCACCUCUGCUGCCAAGACAGUCCUACCUGAUGCCUCUACGCCCUGGAAAAAGAUCGCCAGGUCCAGUCAGGAAGCCCAAAUAUGUGGAGAGCCCUCGCGUUCCUUCUGAUGCCAUCGUGUCAGCGCUGAGGAAGGUGGCCGAUAACAAGGAGUCCUCCCACAAUGAGCUGCAAGCAGAGAAACAGCCAAGCUCCUCCUCUCCUGCCACUCAGGAACUGAUGACAAGGCUCGGCUUUUUAUUAGGAGAAGGGAUCCCGGGUACGGCACGCAUACCUAUGGACGACAAGAAUGAAAAGAAGUGCUCUGUGACUAGCCAGGGCAUCAGCCCCUGCUCCACGCUGACCAGCAGCACAGCAUCUCCCAGCACAGACAGCCCAUGUUCCACGCUGAACAGCACGACCAGUCGGCCCCCUCUCAGCCGCUCCAGCCCCUGUGGGACCAUCACAAGUCCCAGCUCCACACUUGAGAGCAAAGACAGCGGGAUCAUAGCCACCAUCACUAGCUCCUCGGAGAACGAUGACCGCAGCGGCUCCAGCCUGGAGUGGAGUAAGGAUGGCAGCCUGAGGGGCAGCGGGCGCCAUGGCCUGGCGCAGUGUGUGCGGGCUGACACCUGCUCUCCUGUGGCCGAAGAGGACUCCAACAGCGCCACAGCUACACCAGCCGACACCCCAUCCAGGACAGACCAGCAGAACAGCUUAUCAGCAGGGGCACCACAGCCUCCAAGUCACUCGCCUGAGGGACCCAUUCCAUAUCCGCCACAGACGACUUCAUCUCUCAUGAUGCCGAGGCCAAACUCUGUAGCAGCAACAAGUUCCACUAAGCUGGAAGACCUCAGCUUUCUUGAUGAACAACGCAACACCCCACUGCGGACAUCCAUUCGCCUCCCAUGGCAUAAUACGGGAGGAAGGCCGCCUCAGGACUCUAAAGCUCGCUUUGCUCCUUACAAACCGGUGGACAUCAUGCUCAAGCCGUUACUGUUCGAGGUGCCCAGCAUCACCACAGACUCCGUUUUCGUGGGCAGAGAUUGGCUCUUUCAGCAGCUGGAAGAUGUCCUGAAGGCCAGCGAGUCCACGGAGAACCAAGGCACUGUAGUUGUGGGCAGCGUGGGUUACGGAAAGACGGCCAUUAUCUCCCGGCUAGUGGCACUGAGCUGCCACGGCGGCCGCAUGCGUCAGAUCGCCUCCAACAGUCCCAGUGCCUCCCCAAAAAGUGGACAAAGCACAGAACUUCCCCUCAGCCAACCACCACAGCCCACUCCACCAUCCAGUGCUACCAACACCCUGAGGACCAACAGCUGCCCCGGGACCCCUGAGAUGCAGCGGCGUAGGGAGGAGGCUGUCAGACGCCUGGCUGCUAAGGUGGUGGCAUACCACUACUGCCAGGCUGAUAACACAUACACUUGCCUGGUACCAGAGUUUGUACAUAGUAUAGCUGCCCUGCUGUGCAGAGCACACCAGCUCAGUGCAUACCGGGAGCUGCUGCUGAAAGAGCCCAACCUGCAGAGCAUGCUCAGUCUGCGCUCCUGUGUGCAGGACCCCAUGGCUGCUUUCCGAAGGGGGGUUCUUGAGCCACUGGCCAACCUACGUAAAGAGCGGAGGAUUCCUGAGGAAGACCACAUCAUCUUAAUAGACGGACUAAACGAAGCUGAGUUCCACAAACCCGACUACGGAGACACCAUCGUCUUUAUCACAAAGAUCAUUACCAAGUUCCCGCCCUGGCUUAAAGUGGUGGUCACUGUCCGAGUCAAUUUACUGGAGAUCACCAGCCUUCUGCCCUUCUCCAAGAUCUCCCUGGAUGACUUUACAGACAACAAAGAGAUAAGCAGCGACCUCAACGCCUACAUCCAGUACCGAAUCAAUGGCAGCAAGGAUAUCAUGAACAACAUUAGCCUGAAUGGCAAAGCCGACCCUAUCACAGUAGGCAAGCUCAGCAGCCACCUGAUCUCCCGCAGUCAGGGUUCCUACCUGUACCUCAAACUGACCCUGGAUCUGUUUGAGAGAGGCCACCUGGUGAUCAAGAGUUCCAGCUACAAAGUGGUGCCGGUCUCUCUGGCUGAGCUCUACCAGCUGCAGUGCAACAUGAAGUUCAUGACCAAUUCAGCCUUCGAGCGCUCUCUGCCCAUCCUUAAUGUGUCGCUCGCCUCCCUGCACCCCAUGACUGACGAACAGCUGUUCCAGGCCAUCAACGCCGGUUUCAUGCAAGGGGAGCUACCAUGGGAGGAUUUCCAACAACGCAUGGAGCUGCUCUCAUGCUUCCUCAUCAAACGGCGGGAUAAGACGCGCAUGUUCUGCCAUCCCUCUUUCAGGGAGUGGCUGGUGUGGAGAGCUGACGGAGAGAGUACUGACUUCCUCUGUGAUCCCAGGACCGGCCACGCUCUCAUGGCCUUCAUGCUGUCCCGCCAAGAGGGGAAACUGAAUCGUCAGCAGACCAUGGAACUGGGACAUCACAUCCUCAAAGCACACAUCUUCAAGGGCUUGAGUAAGAAAACAGGUGUGUCAUCCAGUGUGCUGCAGGCUCUUUGGAUAAGCUGCAGCGCUGACGGCCUUUCUGCAGCCCUGGCCUCCCUGAGGAAUCUUUACACACCAAACGUCAAGGUGAGCCGUCUGCUGAUGCUGGGUGGUGCAAACGUGAAUUACCGCACAGAGGUCUUGAACAACGCGCCCGUGCUCUGCGUCCAGUGCCACCUUGGUCACCUUGAAAUCGCCUCUUUGCUGCUUGAGUUUGGGGCCAACGUCAAUGUGGUGUCUGAAAACGGCAUGAGCUCGCUCUGCUACUCGGCUGCCGCAGGACACUUGAGUCUGGUCAUGAUGCUCUGCAAUAGGGGGGCCACGGUCGAUCAUGUAGAUAAGAGUGGCCAGUGUGCGCUGGUCCAUGCUGCCCUCCGAGGACACCCAGAGAUUAUCCAGUACCUGCUGGAGCUGGAGUGGAGUGCUGAGGGGCAGCAGCAGGACUGCGCUCUGAAGAACAAAGCUCUACAACAGGCUUUGAUAGCAGCCUCCAGCAUGGGACACACACAGGUUGUGAGAGGCUUGCUGGCGUUGAAUAAUGAGCACGCUGUUCAAAUUGAUAGCCACGACACUCUGUGGGGAGAGACAGCCUUGACGGCAGCUGCAGGCCGGGGAAAGAUGGAGGUCUGCAGCUUCCUGUUGGAGCAGGGGGCGGUGGUGCAGCAGGUCAACCGGCGGGGGGUUUCUCCUCUUUUCUGCGCCGUCAGACAGGGACACUGGCAGAUUGCAGAGCUGCUACUGCAGCACGGUGCUGACAUCAACAUCAGCGACAAGCAGGGCAGAACCCUUCUGAUGGUGGCUGCCUGUGAGGGUCACCUGAGCACCGUAGAGUUUCUGCUUUCUAAAGGUGCAUCUUUGACUUCGAUGGACAAAGAGGGGCUCACACCGCUGAGCUGGGCAUGUUUAAAAGGACAUAAGAAUGUUGUACAGUUGGUGGAGAAAGGUGCGGUCAUCGACCACACGGACAAAAACGGACGAACUCCGCUGGACCUUGCUGCUUUCUACGGAGACGCGGAGAUUGUCCAGUAUUUGGUGGAGAGAGGAGCUGUGAUAGAGCAUGUGGACUACAGUGGGAUGAGGCCUCUGGACCGGGCCAUAGGUUGUCGAAACACGUCGGUGGUGGUGACCUUACUGAAAAAGGGGCCAAGCUGGGUGAGCCACAGAACGUCUCCUUACGAUCGAUCAGGAAAUGCAGCUUGGGCCAUGGCUACUUCAAAGCCUGAUAUCCUGAUCAUCCUCCUGCAGAAGCUGAUGGAGGAGGGAAACCUACUUUAUAAGAAAGGGAAGAUGAAAGAGGCGGCCCAGAGGUACCAGUACGCCCUGAGGAAGUUUCCUAGAGAAGGCUUUGGAGAUGACCUGAAGGCAUUUAAAGACCUGAGGGUGUCUCUGUAUCUCAAUCUCUCUCGCUGUCGCCGAAAAACCAACGAUUUUGGGAUGGCUGAGGAGUUUGCAACAAAAGCACUGGAGCUGAAACCCAAAUCCUACGAGGCCUACUAUGCCCGUGCAAGAGCUAAGAGAAGCAGCAGGCAAUUUACAGCGGCCCUGGCUGACCUGCAUGAAGCGGCCAAGCUGUGCCCCAAUAACAGAGAGAUCCGUCGUCUGCUGGCUCGAGUAGAGGACGAGUGUCAACAGAUGCAGCGCGUCCAGACUAAAGGAGGCCUUGCUGGAGCUGCAGCUGCUUCCAGCCAGGCAUCAGGAGGACACGAGUCCGACCAGGAGCAGGACGAAGGACAGGGCGACCUCUCAGAGCGCAGCCUUGUCAGGAGUGUGGACGGCCAAAGAGACAUCCUGGAGGAGGAGGAGGAGGAGGAGGAGGAGGAGGUCUCUCUGCACAACAGGCCACCUGAAGCUGCUUGGUCCCAGAGCAGUUACUCCUACAACAGACUGGCGCCUUCCGAGCCCAACACUUUGAUACAUCAGAGUCAGAGUCUGAGCCCCAGCUCACCCCCGGGCCCUGGCAGGCUCCCCCUACACCGGUAUCCUCGGGAGCAUCGAGAGGCACUGGCCCAACAACAAGGCCUGGUCCUGCAGCCCUCUAAGCAGGCUCAGAUCGUCAAGACCAACCAGCACAUGAGCUCCAUGCAGGCUGUGGGAGGGGCCAUGGGGGGCCGGACCACAGGGGCCAAAUCUCAGUAUGCUCCCUCCAGCCCCUUACCCAGCCGGCACAUGUCCAGUAUGUUGAAGCCGGGCCCUGGUAUUGACAUUAGCCCUCUGCCGCCCCCCACUGAUGAGCCGGUGUACGGAAACCGCACGUCUCUGGCAGCUACUUCAUCUGUCUCCAUGGGGCACAGCUGUGAAAACGAAGGCCUCCACUCCUCCCAGAUGUCUUACUCCUCCAAGGCUCCUGGACAAGACCGGCUGUCUGCCCACUCUGCAUCCUCCCUGGACGGGCUAGCCUGUUCAGGUCCUGGACCACAGGGGAACCACACGGACGCAGGAAAGGAAGUGAUGUGCGGCGUCGCAGGAUCACGAGGAGGCAGCAGCAGCAGCAUGCGAGUCUCCAGUUCCACCAGCAGCCUGGCAUCCAGCAGCAGCCUUUCAGACAAUGGCAAACUAGGACCUGAUGUCCGCACCAAGAUCACUGACAACAAGCACAGCCAACAGGUAUCAGAGUACAAACCCAGACCCUUCAUGGGUAUCACUGACAAGGCUCGCUUUCUUCAGCAGCAGCAGCAGCAGCAGCAGCAAAUCCCGCAGCAGCAGCAAAUGCCGCCACAGCAGCAGCAUCAUGGCCUGCAGAGCCACCAGAGCCGCAGCUGGAUCAACCACUCAUCUGACGGCCUCAUGUGUCACAACAUGUCAGCAAUGGGCCUGCUGCCCGUCGACUGUGAGCUGCCUUACACCAAAACAGUGAGCACUUACCAGGAGCAGCACAAACCUCCGCCACCUCAGGGUGCUAUGGCAAUGAGUAGCUUACAAAACGGCAUGCACGCCAAGGAAUUUGCGGAGAAGUUCUGCCAAGCCGCCAACUGUUACAAAGAGUCCAAGCCAGCGCUGGCUCUGCCGCACACUUUCAUGGACAGUAAGCCCAAGCAGCCUGGCCUAGCCCGAGAUAAUCCUGCCAUCCACGUAGCUUCAAUGAAACCAAAGCGAUCAUUUAUAGAGUCGAACGUGUAAGAAGUGUCGGUUUUUAUCUCUGUACAGUCAAAAAACGCACAAACACCCGCAAAAAUCUCCAAUAAGGAAGAGUUGUUUUACUUUUUUUAAUCAACCCCAAUAAACACAGUCUCACGUUGAAGCCUUGUAACAAGUACACCGCAGAAAGCGAGCGCUUUGUUUCCUGUGUGAAUCCAGACUGCAGGAAGUGUAGAGUACGCUCCAGAUUUUUCUCCUCCCAACCUGUCGCUUGUGGCUGUCAGCUUCUGUUACACAACAACAUGUCCGCCGUCGUUCAGCCAAGCUGGAGACAUUGCACUGAAGGAAGUAUUUGGACACGAACUGUACAGUCCUCAUCAUCGCAGUGGUGACAGUAAGCACUUUAUACACACUUAGGCCGCUCGAGUGCAUAAACAACAUGUUCAGUUACAGCAUAAUGUUAUUACAGAACAGUUCAGAGUGAACUGGGGUUUAAACUGUGUUCAUACGUCCAUGGUGCUGAGAGGAGACAUACGAAGAGGAAGUCCUCAGUGAAGGUGUAAAGAAAUCUAAAGGACGGGCAUUCCUGUGUUUUAGGAAGGAUGUUGUAGAUCCUCAUGUUGUGUAUAAUGUAUAAAUAUUACUUUCCUUCUUUUCACUGAAGGUCUAUGUUAAAUGUAAUGACAAGUUCAGACUUGUGUAUUUUGGGUUUUAUGCACAAUGUUGUUCAAAAGGUGUUAAAGGUUCUAAAAAAGCAUUUGUUCAAUGUGUUUGUACAUUCUAUAAAUCACCAUAACAUUGAAUUGAAUUCCUUUCUUUAUCUGCUUGUUGUUGCUGUCUAGUUUAAUUUAUUUACAGCGCCAAUGGCUUGGUUAAUUGUAAAAGCAAUAUAUUUUAUAUAGUUAUUUUUGCACAGCUACUAAGACAUUUUAUGAUUCUCAAUGAUGUUGAGUUUAAGUGCAUGCCACAAUUGCAGUUUAUAUUACAGAGUCAAAAAAUCUAUAAAACAGAAAUGGUUUCAGGGCACAGCGCCAUCAGCUCUAUUUUAAUAUGUACGUUAAAUGCAAUUGUCGCCAUGUUUUCAGUAUUGUGAGCUUUAUUAGCUGUGAUCAUAUACUGUAAUAGAACAUUACUGCCAUAGCCAUCAUGGGAGCGAGAAAUAAAGACCCACUGAGGAAAAAACA